CCGCGUAACAGCGAGAAAGUCAAUUGGGUUUGGUUGAUACUAAUUGAUAGUAGUUGAUAGGGUCGUUCACUUAACAAUUGAUACUAAUACAUUAUAUUCCUCUUCUUUAACAUCACAAACUUCUUCUUGUUCUUGUUCUUGUUCUUUUCUUCUCGUGUGUAUUUUGCUCCAAUAUUUGGUGAAGAAAACAAACGGAUCGAAAGAAGCAUAUCGAUCGAGGUUAAUUCGAUGAGUUAUUAUCCUCCUCCUCAAGGAGACAAGGGAACAUACCCACAACAAGGAGGAUAUCCACCACAAGGGUAUCCACAACAAGGGUACCCUCCACCGCAAGGGUACCCACCAGCACAAGGGUACCCUCCACAAUAUCCACAGCAACCUCAAUAUGUUCAGCCUCCUCCUAAACAGCAGCAUGAGAGCGGUGGCGGUGGUUUCAUGAAAGGAUGUUUGGCUGCUCUUUGUUGUUGUUGCGUUAUGGACGCGUGCUUCGAUAUAAUAUAAAUACACACUAUCGUACGUACAGUACCAUAACUCAAUUCCUCCCCGACAUCCUGAUGAAAGGCCGUGACGACUUUGAUUGACUCUACUUGCAUUGUUGUAAUUUUGCAAUUGGUUUAUGAAGUACAUAGCUAUAAAAAAUAUUGAAAACAUUGUUGUUUAUAUCUAUCUUAUGAUCUUAUCAAUAA